UCAGUUUCCCUCCAUUUUCAUCUUUUUAACACAACUCCCCGGCGACCGCCAUGCGUCUCUCCCUUCCUAGUCCUGACGGCAUCUUCUUCGAUGGGCACCGCCGCCGCUGCUUCCUCUCUAAUCGAAUCCACCGCCGUCCAGUUAGGCAGAAUUAGGGUUCUUAAGGAGGGAAUCCACCAACAUCUUCAACCGUCAUCUUCGUCAUCUAAUGUCGGUCCUGUUGUAUACUGGAUGUUUAGAGAUCAGCGAUUGAAAGACAACUGGGCGUUGAUUCACGCCGUUGAUCAGGCCAACAGACGCAAUGUCCCUGUUGCGGUUGCAUUUAAUCUGUUCGAUCAGUUCUUAGGCGCAAAAGCUCGUCAAUUAGGGUUUAUGCUACGAGGAUUACAACAACUUCAUAACGAAAUCGAGCAAACUCUUCAAAUACCUUUCUUCUUAUUCCAGGGAGAAGCAGUAGAGACGAUUCCAAACUUUCUAGAAGAAUGUGGAGCAUCGCUUUUGGUUACAGAUUUUUCACCUCUGAGACAAGUUCGUGGGUGGAAAGAAGAAAUUAGCAAGAGAGUAUCUGAUUCUGUAUCGAUUCAUGAAGUUGAUGCACACAACAUAGUACCUCUAUGGAUAGCAUCAAAUAAGUUAGAGUAUGGCGCUAGAACCAUUAGACGAAAGAUCAACAACUUGCUUCCUGACUAUCUGAUCGAUUUUCCACCAUUAAAGCCUCAGAAUACAAACUGGAGUUCUUCUGGAAACAGAUCCAUCGAUUGGGAGACACUUAUUGCAGAUGUAGUAAAGAAAGGAGAUGAAGUUCCUGAGAUUGAUUGGUGCAAACCAGGAGAAGCUUCUGCAUUAAAGACAUUGAUGGGGAAAGAAAAAGGUUUCUUAACAAGUAGAUUGAAGAACUACUCCACAGAUCGAAACAAUCCAUUGAAACCCGAAGGACUUUCUGGUCUUUCUCCUUUCCUCCAUUUUGGUCAGAUUUCAGCUCAGCGUUGUGCUCUUGAGGCACGUAAAGUACGCAAAGUUAAUCCACAGGCAGUUGAUGCGUUCUUGGAGGAAUUGAUUGUGCGAAGGGAGUUAUCAGAUAAUUUCUGUUAUUAUCAGCCUCAAUACGACUCUUUACAGGGUGCAUGGGAUUGGGCUCGUAACUCACUCAUGGAGCAUGCUUUAGACAAACGUGAACAUUUGUACACGAGGGAGGAGCUAGAGAAAGCACAAACUGCAGAUCCACUUUGGAAUGCUUCUCAGUUGGAGAUGGUUCAUUAUGGGAAGAUGCAUGGUUUUAUGAGAAUGUAUUGGGCAAAGAAGAUACUUGAAUGGACUAGUAGCCCACAAGAAGCUCUAGAAAUAUCGAUUUAUUUGAAUGACAAGUAUCAUAUUGACGGGAGAGAUCCAAAUGGAUAUGUUGGUUGUAUGUGGUCAAUUUGUGGGGUACACGACCAGGGUUGGCAAGAGCGACCUGUUUUUGGGAAGAUAAGAUACAUGAACUAUGCGGGUUGCAAGAGGAAAUUCAACGUUGAUGGAUACAUUGCAUAUGUGAAGAGAUUAGUAGGAAAUAUCAAGAAACGGAAAGGAGAAAAUUUGUUAAAUAACAAAGCAAAACAACUCGUGAGUUGAUUCUAAUGUUUAAUAUGAGUAGAC